UAUGAUUCAUGGUUUAUGGGGUGAGUGCGUUUACGGCUAUCGAGAAGCUCAACCCUCAAUCAUGAUCUCCUGUCUCCACAUUUUGUGUCGUGCUGAUAUCUAACAGGUGGCCCUGGACACUUGCAUGCUGCCCGAGAAGAGUUGAUCAAGGCGUGGAAGGAGAAUCACGGGCAUGCCUCCGGCUCUCGUACUAAGACAGCAGUUGAAGGCGAUGCGAACGGAAGAAUCGAGACGACCCAAGUGGAAAGCACAUCGACGCGUAGGCGAUCUGGAAGGUUGAGGCAGAGAGCCGCUAAAGGUCGAGAUGCGUCCGAUAUCGAGGGAUCUAACGAGAAAAUCGAGGCGAACGCGGAGGCAGGGUCAAGCAACGGGAAAACUCAGGCAGAGGAAGAGGAAGAAGCACCCGAUGAUCUCGUAGUGGUCAUUGCUGGAGGGAUGGCAUCGACCUUGACGUACGACGGAGUGGACGUCAAUGCCUCGCGUGUCGCUUGGGAGGUCGACGAAAAGAUAUCAGAGCUCGAAGCGCUGGGGACGAAAGUGACUCGAUUCAGCGUGCUUGGGUACUCGCUUGGAGGAGUGAUCGCUCGUUACCUCGUUGGCCUAUUACACUCCCGGUCACCUUCCUUUUUUGAAGCACACCGACCCGUUUCAUUCACAACCGUGGCCUGUCCUCACCUUGGUAUUCCAGCGUACAACUCUUACUUCUCCACCGCGCUCAUCUUCCUCGGAUCACGAUUGCUCGCACGUACUGGGAGCCAGCUCUACGUUCGCGAUAGAUACUCUGAUGAGGAUCCUCGCCCGUUGCUAGAGAUCAUGGCGGAUCCAACCAAGGUUUUCCACAAGGCUUUGGAUCAGUUCAAACACGUACAAGUCUUUGCCAAUGGCACUCGCGACUUUACCGUUCCGUAUCCCUCAGCGGCGAUCGAAGACUCCGACCCGUUCAUCGAAUGGGAGGCACAGGGACUGGUGGUGGAAUCGAACGAAUCGGGGCUUGUGGAAUCUUGGCGAUACCCUGAUGACCAGGAGGCGCUGAAGAUGACACAGAGCAAGAAAUCGGGCUGGACAAACCCAAUGGACAAGCUGCCUCCGGUGCUCAAAGACAGGUUCAGAUAUAAUCCAGCACUGCUAAUUGUCUUUCCAAUCGCCAUGCCUGUAAUUCUGGUUCUCAUGAUAUUUCGCCUGUCAAUGGAUUCGAGGCGAUCGUCCAAUCGGAUUGCCCUGCUCAAGACGCCGAAAUCCCUCGAGGGAGCCACUCCAAACAGACACGGCUGGUCCAUCGAGCAUCUACGAGACACGAUUGGCCGAUUUGAACAGAGCAUGGAGACGGAUCUCAUCGAAGAAGCAGAUCCUCCAGGGCAAAUGCGACGCCGGUCUAGGCGGAGCUCUGCACCUCACAGACCACCAAAUGGCUCUGCGAAAACUCGACCGACCCAGAUGGACGGCCCUGAGAAGCUCGAGCUCCCUUCGCAACGAGUUCAAUUCACUCCGGCUCAGCAGAACAUGCUGCGGGGUCUGAGGCGGAUCAAGAUUGACAGAUUCGUGACUUGGUAUCCAGACAUUGGCAAUUCACACGCUGUGUCUAUCUGCAGGGACCCCAAGAAUAAGCCAGUACACAACAAGGGUCGGGGAUUGUUAAAGGUGUGGGCAGAAUCCCUGAUACGGGAUGAUGCAGAGGAGUAGACACACGCACAUGACUAAUGCAUUGAUGCACACGUA